CCGGCGGCCGCCGCAGCAGCAGCGGCGCCAGCGAUGGGGUCCGGCGGCCGCCGCGGCACGGCGGGGCCGCGGGCGCUGCCGCUGCUGCUGCUGCUGCUGCCCGCGCCGGCCGCCGCCCUGGCCCUGCCCCUGCCCGACCUGGACGAAUGUGCCCUGGGGCUUGAUGACUGCCACCCAGAUGCUAUUUGUCAAAACACUCCGAAGCUGUAUAAGUGCAUGUGCAAAGUGGGUUACACUGGUGAAGGGAAGAAGUGCGAAGACAUUGAUGAAUGUGAUAACGAUUUCAACGGAGGCUGUGUCCAUGAGUGUUUCAACAUUCCAGGAAAUUAUCGCUGUGCUUGCUAUGAUGGCUUUAUGUUGGCUCAUGAUGGCCACAACUGCCUGGAUACAGAUGAAUGCAUGUUCAACAAUGGUGGAUGCCAGCACGUUUGUGUCAACACUGUGGGAAGCUAUGAAUGUCGCUGUAAGGAAGGGUUCUUCCUAAGUGAUAACCAGCAUACGUGCAUCCACCGCUCAGAAGAAGGCAUGAGCUGCAUGAAUAAAGAUCAUGGCUGUGCCCACAUCUGCAGAGAAACACCCAAAGGAGGAGUUGCCUGUGAAUGCCGACCAGGAUUUGAACUGUCCAAGAACCAGAGGAGCUGCAUUUUAACAUGUAAUCAUGGAAAUGGUGGCUGUCAACAUACUUGUGAUGAUGCUGAUAAUGGGCCUAUUUGUGGAUGUCACCCCAAGUACAUCAUGCACGUGGAUGGGAAAACCUGCCUGGAGAGAGAAGAAGCUGCUGUUGAAAUUUCUGAGGGAAAUGCUACAGCAGGAGCUGAUGUGGACAAGAGGGUGAAGCGACGGUUGCUUAUGGAAACGUGUGCAGUGAACAACGGCGGCUGUGAUCGCACGUGUAAGGAUACAUCAACUGGAGUCCACUGCAGCUGUCCUGUUGGAUUCAUGCUCCAGUUUGAUGGGAAGACAUGUAAAGAUAUUGAUGAAUGCCAGUCCAAUAAUGGAGGCUGUGAUCAUUUCUGUAAAAACACUGUUGGCAGUUUUGAUUGCAGCUGCAGAAAAGGAUUUAAAUUAUUAACAGAUGAGAAGUCUUGUCAAGACAUUGAUGAAUGCUCUUUUGAACGGACGUGUGACCACACGUGCAUCAAUCAUCCAGGCACCUUUGAGUGUAGUUGUAACAAAGGAUAUGCUCUCUAUGGCUUCACACAUUGUGGAGAUAUUAAUGAAUGCAGCAUCAACAAUGGUGGCUGUCAGCAGCUGUGUGUGAACACACUGGGAGACUAUGAAUGCCUGUGCCACUCUAACUACAAAUUACACUGGAAUAAAAAGGAUUGUGUUGAGACAAAAGGUCCCUUGCCUGACAGUCCAUCACCCAAGGUAUUACUGCACUGCGUUAAGAGUGGUGGGAGUGAUAGAUGCUUCUUAAGCUGCUCUUCAGAUGUCCAGGUAUUUUCUGGAGCGCAAGAUGCCUACACCCUCACCUGUGGCAGGUCAUCUCAGCUUAAGAAAAGGCAGCAAAAUACAAAUGCAUCCAUCUGGCUGGAUGCUUCAGCCAUCAAGAUAAGCGUUACCUUUAAAUUAAAUGAAGGAAAAUGUAGUUUGAAAAAGACUGAGAUGUUUCAAGAAGGGCUGGAACAGAUGAUACCAGAGAGACAUAAUUCAGUAAUGGAGAGCUUCCAGUAUGUAAACCUAACAUGCAGCUCUGGCAAGAAAAUUCAUGGAGCCCUCAGUAGACUGACAGCGACUAGAGCAAUUUUUAUCACUGCGGACUUUGAGCUUGAAACAAGCCAAAAGGAGGUGACAGAAACGUGUGACGUGCGCUGUGCUCGGAAGAAGACUGAGAAGAGGUUCCGUAAAACCAUUCGAACCUUACGGAAGACAGUGAGCAGGGACCAGUUCCGCGUCCGCGUCUCGGGCAUGGACCACGAAGUGGCCAGGAAGGCUCUCAAGCUGUCAGAGCCACAGCAGUCUUGUGGUGUAGGACAGAUGCAUGUGGGUAACAGAUGUGAUCAGUGCUCACCAGGUGAACAUUCUCCUGAUGGCUUCAAACCCUGUCUGCCAUGUCCCCUCGGAAUGUACCAGCCUGAAGCUGGCAGAGUAUCGUGCUUUCCCUGUGGAGGAGGUCUGACAACAAGGCAUAGCGGUGCAUCUUCGUUUCAGGACUGUGAGACUAAAGUUCAGUGUUCACCUGGCCAUUUUUAUAAUACCACAACUCAUCGGUGUAUUCGCUGCGCAGUUGGGACAUACCAGCCUGAGUUUGGGCAAAAUUACUGCGUUUCAUGCCCUGGAAACACCACUACUGAUUUUGAUGGGUCAACAAACAUAACACAGUGCAAAAAUAGGCAGUGUGGAGGUGAACUGGGAGAUUACACUGGAUAUAUUGAGUCACCAAACUAUCCUGGGGACUAUCCUGCAAACACUGAGUGCACUUGGAAUAUUAACCCACCACCAAAGCGACGUAUUCUGAUUGUGGUUCCAGAAAUAUUCCUGCCAAUAGAAGAUGAGUGUGGAGACUACCUGGUGAUGCGAAAAAGCUCUUCUUCCAACUCAGUGACCACCUAUGAAACCUGUCAAACCUACGAACGCCCUAUAGCUUUCACUUCUAGGUCUAAGAAGUUAUGGAUCCAGUUCAAGUCGAAUGAAGGCAACAGUGCCAAAGGAUUCCAAGUCCCUUAUGUAACAUAUGAUGAGGAUUACCAAGAGCUAAUAGAAGACAUUGUUCGGGAUGGUAGACUUUAUGCAUCUGAAAAUCAUCAGGAAAUACUUAAGGACAAGAAACUGAUAAAAGCAUUGUUUGAUGUGUUGGCACAUCCACAGAACUACUUCAAGUACACAGCCCAAGAGUCAAGAGAGAUGUUCCCAAGGUCCUUCAUUCGCCUGCUGCGCUCUAAAGUUUCCAGAUUUUUGAGGCCUUACAAGUAGUUGGCACUGUACUUAAAAACUAACCAGCCCUGGGCAUGCACAGAGGGUUGUGGUAGGUGGGGCUGCUUUCUGUGUUUUACACACUGGCAGAGGAACUCCAGGGAAGCUUGCCAGCCCUGUUCUUGGCAGAAUUUGGCUUUCUCAGAUAAUAUUAAAUAUUUUGGUGAAGAAAAUUGAUUCCUUUCCAGGUAAUACUUUUUGUGUACCAGGGAUACUUCAUGGAUCUCUGACUGCCCAUAAUUUCUGAAUUUGGCACUGAAUGGUGCCAAGCAGAAGUUUGUAGAGCUCUGCCCUAUUGCUUCAUCAGUGACUCUAAAAACUAAUGAAGACAGCCAAAGUAACGUGGUUUGGGCUGAACUCUGGGCUGCCAUUAGUGCAUGUUACCUCAACAAAGCUGGGUUCAUGCUUGGUCUCACUGAAAGUGAGAACAAGAUUGAUUCCUCUCUUAACUUUUUGUCAUGUUGGAAUUGCAGAGCUAAGAUUGAAGUAAUUUUAAUCCAAACGAGUGAGCCCAAGAAUUGCACAAGGUGUAAUUUUUCUCUGAACUGUGUGUUGUAUAAGACAUAUGGAGGGAUAAACGAAGGGUUGAAUCUUAUCUUGAAUGCUCUGGGUCUGGAUCACACUGAGUUCAUACUAAUGACCUGUUGGUUUAAAUGGAGUGAUAUUGAAAUUAAACCAGGGCAAACAGACUCUAACCCGUUGGACAUUGCCAUUUAGUCUGGCUGCAAAUGUUACAACAGGUAAGGUUAUUUGCUAAAUCCCAGUGCUCUCCCUGUGUGUAGGCCUUGGAACAGCAGGAGGCAUUGGCUCUUCCAAGUAAUAUAAAGUUGUAUCCUCUGAGUACCUGCAGCUGAACACAGGAGCCUCAUUUUAAAUGCAGGCUUUGUGUAGAUUAUACUCCUGUACAUCACUGUUUAAGCCUGUAUAAGGUUCUUAUAUAAGCCUCAAUCCUUAUAUUCCUUAUCGUGUCUGAGCAUCUUGCAGUGACCGCAUUGAGCAGAGAAGGGCUGGUUUCCCUGUCUUGCUGGAGAGAAGUAGAUGUAAAAAGAUAUUCCUCAACCAGACCGUGGCCACAAGAUUCUCAGACUCUGUGUCCUUUUCCUCAGGUUGUGUUUCUUACACGAGAGAAGGCUGUUCUGAAAGGGUCUGUGGGGAUAACUGUGUUGAUCAAAAUGUUGUCUUAGUGCUUUCCUGUCCAUACUUAUAUUACAUCACUGUCCUUUUAUCUUGAAGGGAGAUGGCCACAGUCCCACUUGUUUGGAGAUAGACUUAGGACCUCUAUCUUAUGGUUGCUGGCAGUGCUGAGUGGGACAGUGAGCACCAAACUUUGUCUGUAUGCCCCCUAAGGAAAGUACUGAAGUUUGGCUGUGUAGCCAGGACAAAUGCUCACUUUGCAAGGAUAUGAAGUCACAUCUCCCUGGGUUUCAUUGCAUUGAUGUGUGAUAUUUAACUGUUGUAUGUGAAUAAUACCAUCUUCACAGCAUGACAGAUGAAACCCUCAUCAAGAACCAGGGUCUGAAACUCUUCCCUACACUGUUAGGAGCUAAUGAGCGCUACCAAAUGCAGCCUUGCUGAACUGUCACGCCUUGGCAGCCCUGUUCUGUGGCAUGUGAGGCAAUGCAGCCUGUCAUGUGGUAAGGAUACAUCUUGGUCAUGGUGUGAUGAGAAGGGACAGUGGCAAUCAGCCAUAGCUGGGGAGCAGAGCGUCUCAGGAUGAGGUGAUAGGAUGCUGUCUUCCUCUUGCUACUGCCCUGAAAGAAUUGCCAUGGUCUGAGUGGAGGAGAAAAAUGGCUUGUGUUGCUGCCAAGAGGGAGAACUGUGUCCUAGCUGGCUGUACUGGGCUCCUGCUCGAACCCAAGAGCUGCUUGUGGGCUUCUGUGGCAGGGUGAUGAGCUCUCAUUCCAGGAAUGGGGCUGCCAGUCCUGCAGCCAAAGGAAACAAACAAGCUUCAGGUGGAGGAGGGAAACAAGAGGUGAAUUAGCAGAACAGAGGGGAAAGAACCCAAGUCCUUGUGCAUUCCUGGCUAGUGUGAUUCAUCCUGAGCAGGGUCCCUGCUGCCUUUGCAUGGAGGGAUGACAGUGUUUUUCUGGAAGAAGGUAUGAGGCAGUGUGAUCAGUGAGAAGAAUGGCCGAGAGGUGCUAAAACAAGAGGAAGAGUGGUGAGAAAGGCUUGCCGUGUAUGUGGUGAAGGGUGCUUUGUGUGAGUGAGAUCUCAGGAAGGUAUUCCAAGAUAGUUUCCCUCUGGCUGCACAGCCCCUACCUCUCUCCUGUGCCAAAUGCAGUGUAUCAAUGAGUCACAGUGACCGACCAACCAUCUCUCUGUGGCAGUGGAGCACUUUGAAAUGGGUGGGAUGCUGCCAGUUCUGCUCUGAGUGCAUGGGUGAGUUAGAAGCCUGCUGAUGGGGCACUGGAAGGAGAGGACCAGCUUCUGGGCCAGGCCCAGCAGAGUGGCUUUGCUGUGGUCUGUGUGCUCUCUGCCAAGGGAAGCAAGCCAGUUUGUGCUGUAUUCUCUCCCAAGAAGGCCACAGAUCUGAACGUUUCUGUUUCUUGUUGCUGAGUGACACACGGAUCAGCGACUGGUUUCAACGAGAGUUCGAGAAAACAAAAGUUGUGAAGUAUCCAGAUAUUUUCAUAUAGUGAGACUGAGCUUUCUUGUUCUGUGCAGGAAUUACUGCCAAGCUCUGGGUGAAUUACACUGCACCUCAUUUUGUAGGCACACUGUUCUAGCUCUGCAUGGCCGCCCUGGGACCAGCGUCUUGCCAUCGGUCUGUACAGUGGAUCUCAACUUUGCUUCUCUGUUCCCUCAUGUGCACAGGCCGUUUUCGUUGUGGGAAGAGAGGAGUGUAGCAAUGUGGUAUAUGGUCCCAGGCUGAGGAGGAAAAUGUGCCCUUUCUUGAAGAAGAAUCCUUUUUACUCUGCAGCCCUUUUUUUUCUCUACAUAGAAAGUAAAUAACUUGGAAGCACUUCUGUUGCCCUUGAUCUAACAUUGUGUAUCAGAAUUUUCCCUUUUAUUGUCCAUCCUGCGUGUGCAGUAAAAGUGCAGAGGGAAUUUUUGCUGUCUGGAAUAUUGGGAGGUGAUAACUGUUGCAGAAUGUUGUUAACACUUGGCAUUGUAUCUUCAUAGCAAUGGUAGUGGCUCUGUAGAAAUUUGAAUUUCUACUUUCUGUGUGGUUGUAGACUGAUGUUAUUUUUUGGCUACCAGUGAUUCCAAAAAUGUUUAAGCUUAUGAAACAGAAUUUAACUUUUGAAAUAAUAAUUAGCAUUAACUGGAUGACUUAAUGUCACCUACAUGAGAUAAGUAUAAGGAUCUUUUUCAUGAUUGUAAAAUAAUGUAAAAUGUUUCAGACUGUUACUCUUAAUAAGAGAAAUAAACCA